CAGGCGAUAAGGAGCUGAUGACACGCACCUCUCGGUGGGGAUACAGUUCUUGCCAGUUGGUCUGCUUGUCUCAGAAGGAAAGAAAGAUGAAGCCGGUUGUAAACUGGCUUUCUCUUUUCCUUACUCUUAUGUCAUUGGGUCUGGCAACUGAUGGCCAGAAUAUUCGAAAAAAGAGACAGAUAAUGGAAGAGCAGCCGCGCCUCUUGACGGAAAAUGGCAAUUUAAUAUUCCAGUGCGGCAAUAACCACAACAUUUACCUGCGGCCCUCAGUAGGUGGAGGUGUGUUCGUAGGCGCCGACAACCUCACCUUCAUCGCAGAAAUGGUGAAGAGGAACAAGAUGGACAUUGACAAUUUGAAAACAACGCCAACCUCAACUCCAGUAAACGUUGAAGGUCGGCUACGGAGUCUGGAAACAACAGUGACAAGUCUGCAGGGAAUACCCGGGCAAAUCUCUACACUGACCAACUCAGUUAACACAGUUUCCAACACGGUCACCAACACCAACGCCAACGCUCGUCUACUGACUUUGGAGGGCAAUAUGAACAACCUGCAGCCCACAGGCCAAGUUGCAACCCAACUGACCACCCUAGGCAGUCGACUAACGACGCUGGAAGCAAGGGUUGGGACGUUGGAAACAAACGAGAAUAACGAUGACGACAGCGGUCCGGACGGUGGAGGAGGACAACGUGACGGUGGAGGUAGAGGGGGGAGAGGCGGUGGGGGACGAGGUGGCGGGGGACGUGGUGGUGGUGGUGGUGGUGGCGGCGGCGGUGGUAAUCGUAACUCAAGGCGGAAUAAUAGGUUUCAAGCUUUGCAACAACGGAUUCAAACGCUGGAGGCAGAUGUGCAAAACUUAAAGCAGCUGCUGACUACAAAUGAGUGCCAAAGUAACCCUUGCCAGAAUGGUGGAACAUGCGUCGAUUCAUACAAUGGUUUUAUUUGCCAGUGUCCUCCUAAUUGGAAGGGUGUGACUUGUUCAGCCGAUGUCAACGAAUGUGGCGAGUAUGCUGGCACAGACAGAGGUUCCAGUCAACAUGGGGCCACCUGUGUUAACUUGCCUGGAUCCUUUAGGUGUGACUGUGCUCCCAACUGGUAUGGCAUUCUGUGCUCUUCAUCUGUUGAUGACUGCGCCAGUGCAUCCCAUCAAGCCUUGUGUGGACAUGGUACUUGUAUCAAUGAAGCUAACACCCAUGUAGGCCAGCCUAGGUACCGGUGUAUCUGUGAUAAUGGAUGGACGCAUAAUCCCAACUCAUCAGACCCAGCUUGCAACACCGAUGUCAAUGAGUGCCUAGCCUCACAAUCACCUUGCUCUACAGAUCCACAAGUUCAGUGUAUAAAUGUGCCAGGAACAUUUUACUGUGGACCUUGUCCUGCAGGUUUUAAUGGCAAUGGCUUCACAUGUCAGGACAUAAAUGAAUGUGAGAUCAACAAUGGUGGCUGCUCCAUCUCCCCACGAGUUGAAUGCAUUAACACUCGUGGAUCUCGGGCAUGUGGUCCUUGCCCAGCAGGAUACCAGGGCAAUGGUGUGACCUGCACCUGGGUGGGGUUGUGUUCAAACAACAAUGGAGGGUGCCAUCCCAGUGCCACAUGCUCUGAAAAUUCAGCUACUGUAAGUGGUGUGAUAUGUACUUGCCCACCUGGUUACUCUGGAAACGGUGUUGGUUCAAAUGGAUGUGUCACAGAUUCCUCGGGAACCUUGUGUAGUAACAAUCCCUGUCAGCAUGGAAGCUGCAUGGUGUCUGGGAGCACCUAUGUUUGCAGUUGUAACCCAGGUUACACUGGUCGAAACUGUGACAGUGACUUUAAUGAGUGCAGCAGUAACCCUUGCCUAAAUGGGGGAACAUGCAUUAAUAGCAUUGGAAGUUUUCGGUGCCAAUGUUCAUCAAACUACAAUGGCAACCUUUGUCAAAGUGCACAGCAGAGUUGUGGUGGCUACCUAAAUGGGUUUAGUGGGUCUUUCAGCUAUCCCCCUAUAACAGGAACCAAUUACUCACAUAGUGUCAGCUGUGCAUGGCAGAUCACAACUUCGGCAAAUAAGAUACUCAUGAUAACCUUCAGAAGGUUCUCUCUUGAGUUUCACCCAGAAUGCAACUUUGAUUUCCUGCAAAUACAUGAUGGUCCCACUGCUUCUGCACACACGAUAGGCACAUACUGUGGUAACAGUCUGCCCAAUGGAGGCAGCAUCAACAGCACUCAUAAUCAAUUAUACUUCUGGUUCAAAUCUGAUGCAUCAGUUGCAAGUGAUGGCUUUGACAUAUUAUGGACAUCAGCGGAUCCAGUGUGUGGAGGACAACUGACAGAUGUUUCUUAUGGAACCAUUAACAGUCCUGGUUAUCCUGGAAACUACCCAAUCAACCGUGAUUGCAUCUGGACCAUUUCAGCCUCUCCCGGCAAUGUGAUUUCGAUAACAUUUGCCUACAUGGCUAUUGAAGUGCAUGCCAACUGUAGUUACGAUUAUUUGGAGAUUCGCUCUGGUCUGACAGCAUCAUCUCCACUGGUUGUACGACACUGCAACACAACUUCUCCUCCCCCAGUCACCACUUCAGGGCCUUUUGCUUACAUCCAUUUCCACUCAGAUUCAUCUCUCAGUGACCGUGGAUUUCUUCUUACUUAUGCUGCAACACAAGCUGGUGCAGGCUGUGGUGGUGUACUGACUGGUUCCAGGGGCGUAAUUACAUCCCCAAACUUUCCAGAACCCUAUAACCACAAUGCAAUGUGUGUGUGGACAAUUUCUGUCAAUUCAUCUGACAUCAUUAUUUUGCAUUUUGCACACUUCGACUUGGAAACUUCCUCAAGUUGCCAGUAUGAUUACUUGGAGGUACGGGAUGGCAUAAAUGAGAGAUCCCCUGUUCUGGGUACCUAUUGCAGCAACAGUGUUCCUUCUGAUGUCAGAACUACUGGCAAUGUGAUGUUUGUCAAGUUUGUCACAGACAGCAAUUUGCAUGGCUCUGGUUUUAGUGCCUGGUGGACAGUUGGUUGUGGGGGAGUCUUUACAGCUUCACAAGGUACCCUUCGGUCUCCAGGCUACCCCAACGGCUACCCACCCAGCAAACAUUGUGUAUACUUAAUCAGUCAGCCAUCCAGCUAUCGCAUUUCUCUCACAUUCAGUGCCUUUGAUGUGGAGAAUGCUGCAGAAUCAUGUACUGAUAAUUAUGUUGAGAUUCGAGAUGGUGGCUCAGAGACUUCCCCUCUCCUGGGUGAGCAGUACUGUGGCAGUGCUUUGCCUCCAGUUCAAACAUCAACAGGAAAUCUUAUGGUUGUUAUCUUCAGAACUGGAAACUCAGUCUCUGGCACUGGAUUUCUAGCUACCUAUACAGCACACACAUCAGAUUGUGGAGGAAUUCUGACAGGUCCUCGUGGUGAAUUCACCAGCCCCGGACACCCCAAUAUCUACCCUCAUGGGGUCAAUUGCACCUGGUACAUCCGUCCUGCUGAAGGGCUCAUCGUGCAGUUGACUUUCUGGACCUUCAUGCUGGAGGGUGGCGCCUGUACCUAUGACUUUGUGAAAGUCUAUGACAGUUUUAAUGCUGAUAACGGCAGCCUUAUAGGAACGUACUGUGGUUCUUCAUUUCCUUCCUUGAUUACAUCCACUAACAAUGCCCUCACUGUCGUGUUCCAGUCAGACAGUAGUGUGGCAAUGGAGGGGUUUUCAGCAACCUACAUCACGCAGAAUGCCACAACAGCAUGUGGAAGAAACAUGGCGAGUUCCACCGGUGUCAUAACCAGUCCUGACUUCCCCAACAACUACCCACACAAUCGAGACUGUGUGUGGGUUAUCACUGUUGGUGCUGGGAACCAGAUUCAGCUGAACUUCACCACCUUCAAUUUGGAGCAACACGCCCGGUGUCAGUAUGACUAUCUGGAAAUCAGGAACGGUGGAUUUGAGACAUCUCCCUUAAUAGGACAUUACUGUGGCACCACUGUAGACAACCCCAUUAUUUCCCACAGUAGUCGAUUGUGGCUUCGCUUCCACUCAGAUAACUCCAUGAGUGCACCUGGGUUUCAGAUUGUCUAUGAUGGCACCGCUUCAGGGUGUGGAGGAGACUUGACAACACCCACAGGCAGCUUUGUGUCCCCCAAUUAUCCUAAUCCUUAUGACCAUAAUGCAGAGUGUUACUGGACCAUCACUGUAGCCCAAGGCAGCAGUAUACUGCUCACAUUUGAAGACUUCAGUAUGGAGAAUCACAUCCAGUGCAUGUAUGACUACGUGGAAGUACGAGAGAACAAUGCAUUUGGUCGUCAGCUUGGCAAGUUCUGUGGAACUACUUUGCCAGCCCCUGUUAACUCCACUGCCAAUAAACUGUGGAUUAAAUAUCGCACAGACUUUUCAAUCAGUGGUAGAGGAUUCCGUGCUUUGUAUACUUCAGACUGCACCAACCGGCUGACUGCAUUCAGUGGUGCAAUUGAAAGUCCUAAUUACCCUCAGCCAUAUCCUCACAACAUCAGCUGUACAUGGAUCAUCGACACCACAGAGGGGAAUGCUGUCAACAUCUCCUUUGCCACCUUUGACCUUGAGAGUGACUCGAACUGUAGAUAUGACUACCUUGAGAUUCGUGAUGGGGGGUCAUCGUCCUCAAACCUUCUAGGAAAAUAUUGUGGAAGUUCAAUCCCUUCACCUCUAUCAUCGUCUGGAGAUCAAGUGUGGAUCAGACUUGUUACAGACAUCAGUGUGAGAGGCAAUGGCUUCCAUCUUGAGUACAUUACACAUGGCUGUGGUGGUUUGCUGACUGGCCCUUCAGGAACCUUCUCCUCUCCAAAUUAUCCCAAUUCCUAUGAUCAUGCACGGGUCUGUGAAUGGCUGAUUACUGUAGAAACUGGAAAAGCUAUAAGUCUCACUUUUACCGAUUUUGAAAUGGAAACUUCUCACAACUGCCAGUAUGAUGCUGUGGAGGUGUUUGCUGGCUCAGAUGACACUGGCAUUAUGAUCGCCCAACUUUGUCAGCAUUAUACAAAUUGGACACAAUCUGUGAUGUCCACUGGAAACACAAUGCUUGUACGCAUGCGCACUGACAACAGCUUGAGCGGCAGAGGCUUCAGUGCUACCUUCUCUGCAAUAGGUGGAGGUUGCGGUGGUAACUUCACAACUAUGAAUGGAGUAAUAAUGUCAAAGAAUUAUCCCAACAACUACCCACACAGCACAGAGUGUGAAUGGCUUAUUCAGCUUCCUGAUAAUCACCCAGUAGUCAUCAACUUCACAGACUUCGACGUAGAGGGUGGAUACUGUUCCUUUGAUUAUGUGGCGCUGUACGAUGGACCAAAUGCUGGUUACCCAGAAAUGGCCAGGGUCUGUGGUUCUUCUCUGCCCAGCCCCUCUCUGUAUCGAUCAUCAACCAACUCCAUGUUUGUGAAAAUGCGAACUGACAGUAGUGUAUCUGGCAGGGGGUUCAAGGCUAACUUCUCUGCAGGCUGUGGAGUGGUGAAGAACGCCAGCAUAGAUGGUGUAAUUACUUCCCCAAACUACCCAGGCAAUUACCCAAAUAACGCCAACUGCACCUGGCUCAUCACUUCAAGCCACAACACUGAUCGUAUCACCCUCACCUUCACUCACAUGGAUAUCAUGUCGUUAAACAGUUGUCAGUAUGACUAUGUGAGAAUACUGAAUGGGGGCAACAUCAAUGCUCCUGUGAUUGGAACCUAUUGUGGCGACGUUGUUCCAUCUCCCAUCACAUCAGAUGGUUCCAACUUAUUUGUGGUUUUUGCAUCAAGCUUGUUCUCACAGGCCACAGGAUUCAGGGCUGUGUAUACUGUGUCCACUUCAAGCUGUGGAGGUGACUUCACUGCACAGAGUGGAGCUUUUAACAGCCCUGGCUAUCCAAACAGCUACCCACCCAACACAGAAUGUGUGUGGACUUUCCAAAGCUCUCCAGGAAACCGUGUGGCAUUAUCUUUCAGCUUAUUCAACAUUGAAGCCAGUGAUUCGUGUAAUAAUGAUUAUCUGGAGGCACGGCAAAAUGACAACAAUGGCUUGUUGCUGGGGAGGUGGUGUGGAACAAACAUACCGACUAAUGUCACAGCCAUGAACAAAGUUUGGGUCAAAUUCGUUUCGAAUGAUCAGAUCACAGGCGUAGGAUUUAUGGGCAAUUGGAAUGGAGAAUAUGGAGGUAACCUCCUCGGGGACUCAGGACAGCUGUCCUCACCCAGGUAUCCACAGCAAUAUCCCAAUGAUGUCAGCGUUGCCUGGACUAUCACUGUUUCCUCUGGCAUGCAAGUCCUCAUUGCUUUCCUAUUCAUGCGGAUUGAGAAUUCCAUACAAUGCACCUUUGACUAUGUGCUGAUUCGAGAUGGUGGUCUUUCAGAUAGCCCAGAGAUAGGGCGAUACUGUGGAGCGAAUUUACCUGGUCCCAUCAUUUCAACAUCAAAUCAGGUUCGCAUCGAGUUUGUAACAGACGCAAGUCUCACUUAUCAAGGUUUUCUUCUCAAUUGGCAAGCUACAAAUGAAAUGCCAACAGCGCCACCUACUGGUGUUACUCCACCUACAGUUGCAGGAUGUGGCGGCAGUGUGGUUGUUGGCAGUGAAACAGUAACCUUAACAUCACCUGGGUACCCCUAUGGCUAUGCUGCAAACUUAAACUGCAUUUGGUCCAUCACAACCCCUGUUGGGCAGCGAAUAUGGCUCAACAUUUCCAACAUUGAUCUUGAGAGUCACCAAUCAUGCUUUUAUGACUUUGUCAAGAUAUAUAAUUCAGGAUCCAUAGGAUCCACACCCAUGAGAACAUACUGUGGUCGUAUCCCAAACCCUAAUCCUGUGGUCUCAACCUCUAACGUGAUGACAAUUCAGUUUCGGACAGAUGCCACAGUCAAUGGCACUGGAUUCAGUCUUGACCUUAAAUCAGUUUGUGGGGGGUCAUUGGUCAUCCCUACUGGCAUCAUCAGCAGCCCUUCAUACCCCAGUAACUACCCAUCAAACAGCAACUGUACAUGGAAUGUCAGAGUGACCGUUGGUCGGACUGUGAAUGUGCAGUUUAAUGGUACCUUCAACAUUCCAAGCACAGUUAACUGUAGUUCAGACUAUGUGCAGCUGCUCAAUGGAGGUCACACUAAUUCCCCACCUCUCAUAAAUGCCAACGCCACCUCUGCAACUGCCACAGCUAGUGGGCGCUACUGUGGUUCUGGCCUGCCAGCAGUGAGCUCACUUGAGACCAGCAGUAACUUGCUGACAGUGAACUUUGUGUCCGAUGGAUCUGGCUCUGGUGCUGGGUUUUGUACCUUGAUGCUCACAGAUUCUGUGAGAAUGGGUUAUUUCACUUCACCUAACUACCCUAACCCUUACCCACACAACGUGGAAUGUAUAUGGAUCAUCAGUGCCCCUGCAAAUAAGAAAAUCCAGGUGGAUUUUGAGCUUCCAUUUAGAUUAGAGCAACACUCUAGGUGUCGGUAUGACUACAUUGAAUUUCGUGAUGGGGGAACACAAGAUUCACCUGUCAUGAAUGUUGGUCAUAAUAAUAAUAGUCGUAUAUGUGGAGAUCAGCUCCCAGGAUCUGUGCUGUCCACAGGCAAUGCCUUGUAUGUCCGCUUUUUCACAGACGUAAGUGUGACUAGUGUAGGCUUCAAGGCUGAGUAUAAGAUAGCUACCUGUGGGGGACGAAUCUUUAGUGUCAAUGGGAGCAUCACCUCACCAAACUACCCAUCAAAUUAUGAAUCCAACUCUAACUGCAGCUGGCUUGUAUAUGGUCCAGUGGGUCAUUAUCUAACUUUUACAUUCAAUGCUUUCAACCUGGAGUCGUCAACCAAUUGUACAAAUGACUUUGUGGAAGUGCGAGAAUACAAUGAAACAGGAAAUUUGUUGCUGCGGGCCUGUGGUUCCAACUUGCCAGCAUCCUUUGACACAUCAGACAGUUAUUCUUAUGUUCUGUUUGUUUCCAAUCAAAAUGUUGUUUCCAGUGGCUUCAGCCUCUCAUUCCAAGCAAGUGUUGAAGAGUGUGGAGGUGAUCUGACAACGCCAUCUGGAGUUUUCACAUCUCCCAAUUUCCCAGGACUUUAUGCUCACUCACGGGUUUGUGAAUGGAAGAUCAUAGUACAGCAGGAUCGACGUGUCACCCUCACUUUUGAUGUCUUUACACUUGAAGAGUCCUCAAUCUGUGCUUGGGACAAUAUUGAGGUGUUUAAUGGCAUCAUGCCAGACUCUCCCCGCCUAGGCCGUUUUUGCGGUACUAAUAACCCAGGCGUUAUAGAGUCAACAGGCAACACCAUGCGUGUAAGGUUUCGGACAGAUUCAUCCGUCAGUCACGGGGGAUUCAGUGCCCGCUACACAUCUGUCAAUGAAAAGGUCUGUGGCCAGUUGUACACAACGCCUGGCAACAUUACCUCCCCUGGGUAUUAUGAGCAUGGAAACUACACUAACAACCUUGAGUGUAUCUGGCGAGUGGAAAACCCAGCGCGCACCAACUCUUCCAUCCUUGUCAUUGUUGAUGACUUGGCGUUAGAGCCCCAUCUGACCUGUGUACACGACUUCUUGGAAGUCCGUGAAGGUCGUGACGGUGAUGGAUCCAUUAUAGAGAAAUUCUGUGGUAACAAUACCAUCCCUCCCCCUGUUCUCAGCCCGUCCCAACAUAUUUGGCUGAGAUUCCGCACCGAUGGCUCCAUUGUUGACCGUGGUUUUGCCAUCACUGUACAGUUUACCACUUGUGGUGGUGAACUGACAGCACCUCAGGGUCAGAUCACCAGUCCCAACUUCCCCAACAACUAUGAGCACAAUGAUGGUUGUGCCUGGCUCAUCUCUGCUCCAGAAGGGGAGCGUAUACGGAUUACUUUUAGUGACUUCAACCUAGAAGAGCACAGCAGCUGUGUGUUUGACUACCUGAAGAUUCUAAAUGGUGGGUUGCCUGACUCUCCAUUAAUCGGCAAAUACUGUGGCACCAGCAAUCCUGGCACAAUACUGUCUCAGAGCAACCACUUACGGCUUAUGUUUGUCACAGACAUCAACCAGUCUGGUAGAGGCUUCCGUGCCACAUACACUUUUGACAGCGAAGCAUGUGGUGGACUACUACAGAGCUCUCAGGGUACUGUCUCUUCUCCGAACUAUCCAUCCAGCUACCCCCCGAACACAGAAUGUGAAUGGGAAAUCAGAGUGGACAGUGGGUACAUCCUCAUUCUUAAUGUGAACUCUUCUUUUGAUCUACAACCUGGGGAUUGUUCCAGCGAUUAUCUGGAGAUAACUGAUAUUUUGGCCAAUGGGACGCAAGUUCUGAAGGGCCGCUACUGCUCAAAUGCUCCACCUCCUGUGACAUCGUCCUUUAAUCGACUGCUUCUUAAGUUCCACUCAGAUGGCAACAUAAAUGGCAACGGCUUUUCGGCCAGCUGGACUUCAGAUUGUGGAGGUAUUUUCAAUAGUCCAACUGGUGUGAUAACGUCACCUGGCUAUCCUAGAAAUUACCGCAACAACCUACGCUGUAACUACACUAUUUAUGGUGACACUGAUCAUUAUAUCAUUCUGACCUUCAACCCAGCUUUCAACCUUGAAGGUGGUACAUCAUGUCCAUAUGACUACGUUCAAGUGUUUGCUGGAAACAGCUCAUCCAGCCCCCUGCAGGGGCGAUUCUGUGGUAAUGUGGCUCCCCAGCCAGUUAAUGCUCUGCACUCAAUGCACAUACGAUUCUGGACAGAUAGCUCUGUUGUCGCUUCAGGUUUCCAAGCAACAUAUAGGGUGUCAGCAUGUGGAGGUGUGUACACUGAACCCACCGGUUUGAUUCAAACGCCAACAUACCCAAGCAGCUACCCACAUGACAGCAACUGUUCAUGGUUCAUCACGGUGGAUCCUGAAAAAAUCAUAGCUCUCAAAUUUAUUUCCUUCAAUGUUGAACCACAUUCACGCUGUCUUUAUGACUACCUGGACGUCUUUGAUGGAAACAAUACGUCUGCUCCAAAGAUAGGCCGUUACUGUGGUACCCAUGCUCCAGAUGUCAUCAAGUCUUCUGGGAAUGCUAUGUACAUCAAUUUUGUUACAGACAGCUCCGAGAGUGGUGAAGGGUUUCAAGGAGGUUACUGGUCUACAUAUGGACCCCAGCAUGGAUGUGGAGGUUUUCUUAAUCAAACAAGUGGACAAAUCAGAUCAGUGGAUAUUAAUGGUGAUGGAAAUUAUGAGGACAACCUAGACUGUCGCUGGACAAUAAUGGUAGAGCCAAACAAGCUAGCAAGACUCACAUUUUCCAGUUUUCAUUUGGAGCCUGGGGAAGAGUGCAGCUAUGACUCUGUUGCAGUAUAUGAUGGAUUUUCAACAACAGACAGCUUGCUGGGUCAGUUCUGCGGUUCAUCCAUUCCUUCAGCUUUGCGGGCUUUCUCAAAUGUCAUGCUGGUGGUGUUCACAACGGAUGGCUCUAUUGGCUUCUCAGGAUUUGUUGCUCAGUUUGGACAAGAAGAUGCUUUAUGUGGAGGAAUACUUAUAGCAACUGAUAUGCCUCAAAACAUUUCAUCGCCCAACUAUCCAUCGCCGUCUUCACAGGCAGUGAGAUGUCGUUGGACAAUUGACUCAGGAGCCCCCAACAAGCAGGUGUCAUUGACUCUGCUGGACAUUGACCUGACUCCAGAUGCUCAGUGUACGCAGGACUAUAUGGAAUUCCGAGACUCACCUAUGGGUGAACUUGGUCAAUCUGUGCACUACUGUGGAACCACCGUGCCCCAGACUUUUUACUCAGCAGGUCAGGUGGUACAAGUUAUUUACAACACGGCUGGAAAUUCACAGAAUCGUGGCUUUAUUUUGUCAUACAAACAGGAUGAUUUCAACAGAGAAUUUGUGUCCACCAAUGGCCGCAUCACUAGCCCAGGAUACCCUGGUGUGUACCCUCAAAAUGCCAACUGUUCUAUCUCAGUGCGCUCCCCUAAUGGCACGACACUGGCCCUGUAUUUCACACAAUUCCACAUUGAGCCACACAGUCAAUGCUUAUUCGACUUUUUAGAGAUACACAAUGGGUCCAAUGCAUCGUCGCCUGUACUGGCUCGUCUGUGUGGAAGUACACUGCCUGAUCCAGUCUUCAUUCCCAGCAACGUGGCUUUCUUGAGAUUUGUGACUGACGCCUCUGUGCAGCAUGUUGGCUAUGACAUCACUUUCACCUCCACCACACAAGGACUUGGCUGUGGUGGACAACUCUCUGGCAUCAAAGGCAGCUUGACAAGCCCAAAUUUCCCUGGAAAUUUCUCCGAUUCUACUACAUGCACCUGGAUCAUUACAGUGCCAAGCAGGCGUGUGGUCCAAAUAACUUUCUCUUACUUGGCUGUUCCAGGCCAGGCUGACUGCACUAACAACUAUGUAGAGAUAUUUGAUGGUCCCAGCACAUUCGCACGAACACUUGGCAGGUUUUGCAAUGAGCAACCUUCAUUACUGACAGCAUCAAGCAACUCGGCCACAGUUCAACUUGUGUCCACUGGGUCCAGCCCAACACCCAGCUUCCGCAUUGUCUACUCCAGUUGAGCUUUUGCGAAACUAAAUCCCAAGUUGCUCAGUCCAGUAAACUCAGUGCCAACCAUGAUUCUGCUUUGUUAAGCAUAUGCAAAGCCAUUGUGGACAUAGUCUUUAUUUUUAUUUCACCUGAGCUACCAUAGACAGAGAUCUUACUUGACAACAAUCUUAGUUACUGAAAACUGGAUGAAUUAAUUGUGAAUACAUUUUCUUUACACCAUCUGAGCCACCAUGAACACUAAAUGUCAAUAAGAAUCACAUUUUAUGUACAUUACACAGAUCGUUUUUAAAACUAGAAGACCAUUUUUAUCCCCACCAAGUCUUUGUGAAUAUAAUAAUAAUGGAGGACCCUCACUCAGUGUCAUACCACGCAGCACUAGAAUUUAAUGUUGUAAAAGAGAAAAUGUCAUUUGAUAUUGAUCAUUUACCAUGGUGUACAUUCUUUCUUAAUAAAAAGCAUAGGCAUCGAUGAUCCCAAUAAAUCAAAACUUCUAGAAAUAUGUGCAAAGAGUGGACUGUAUAGUACUGGCCAGAAAAAAAAUUCCAAAAAAUCAUGGUGGGUAAAUGAUUUUGAGGACCUGGAACAAUGGAUGCAGAGGAACAAAAAUCUGGUGAUGAGUUAAGAUGUUAAACUGCCAUGGUUCAGCAUAUAAAUCUGAAGGGGGAAAACUGGUUUCCAUGCAUGGUUGUAGACCCUUAAGUUGCUUAAAACUGAAAAUCAGUAUACAUUGGAAAGUGUAGAGAUAAAUUAAGUCAUGAAACUUGGUGAAGUAAAGGAAAGAAACCAGCUUUUCAUUUUCUGUUUGUUGUUUUUAGAGUUAUUUUAGGAUCCUCCAGAGAGUGUAACAUAUUCAUGGCACACUGAUUAUAUAUUUUUUUAACAUUAAUGAUACUUCAUAUUUGUUUUACUUGUCACUGCACUUUCGUAAGUUUUAGAUUAAUGGAAAGAUAAAUCUGUAGAUAACCAGUGAGCAGGAUUCAGUUUAUGAUGAAGUGUUAAGAACUAUAUAUAGUACAUAAUUUUGCAUAAGCUCAUUUUAAAAGAUUCAACAACCUACAUUUUCUUUACAUGUGUGCAUAAUGUAUAUAAUAUUUUACAUGAUUUGUACAAGUUUGUCUAUUGUACAAUUGACAAUAAAAUCUAUCCAUAUGA